UAAAAAUGUGCUCGUCGGAAGUCUGUGGCUCUGCGAACAACGUCUUUUGCUGAAUACUCAAAGUCAUUGUAGCUAAAAUGACCGAUAAAACACAAAGGAAACACAAGACUAUUGACCUCACGGAGGACGAUGUCGGGGCCAGCACUUCGAAAAAGAGGCCACGAGCAGAAAUUGCAACGAGCGACAGCCGUGUCCAUCAGCUUUGCGAGGAAGGGGAAAAAGCAAUCAUGGAAGGAGUAAAGGCGGUCAAUGCGAUGCCGUCGGGGAAAUCGCGCGAUCUGUACGCAACGCACUCGUCGUUUAUCAAAAUCAUGAACUCACAUGCCGCCAGCUUGAUGGGUAUAAUAUCGGACGUUCUCAAAAUGCAAGGAGUCAAAGGAAACAUAGAGCUCCGCGAUCCAGAGGAACAGUUGGAAAUGAUUCAAGAUUUUAACGACAACAUGCUUGAGCGAAUACACAGUAAUCUGGAUGAAAUGGCCGGGAUCAAGAAAAAAAUUCCGACAGAGCUGGUUCAGAAGGAGAUACAGGUAGCACCGGAGCCCCGCUAUCGGCUAAGCGGGGCGUGGAACGAACAGGGCAAAGCCUCACCGAUAAAAGCCACACUCAUCACGGGCACAAACAUUGCACGGCCGCAGGUGAACUUCAAAACUCCGAUCGAUAAUUCGGCAAACAAUCCGUUUGUGCCGCGCAUUCGUGAUAAACCCAACUCCGUAAAACCGUUGGCCGUGUUGCCGGAGUACGAUGAGGCCGGCAACAUCGUUAGUUACCUACACCCGUACGAGUUUGAGCUUGAUCGCUUCCAACCGCCAAAGAACGUGUUUGAACCCGUAACACCCCAGGAACCAGAAUCGCUUGCCGUAACCGAAUUGGUGUUUAUCGAUCGUGAUUUCCAGCUGGAAUCGUUAAUGCGCGAUCUGAAGGCAGUCGAGCAGAUAGCGAUCGAUCUCGAGCAUCAUUCGUACCGUACUUUUCAAGGUUUCACGUGUUUGAUGCAGCUCUCAACGCGCACAAAGGACUACAUCAUCGAUACGCUUGCGUUGCGCGACGAUCUGCAGGUGCUGAACGAAGUGUUUACCGAUCACCGGAAGCUGAAAGUGUUGCACGGGUCUAUCAACGAUAUCGAGUGGCUGCAGCGCGAUCUAGGACUGUACAUCGUGAAUAUGUUUGACACGGCGGAAGCGGCCCGUGUAUUGCAGUUCUCACGCCUUAGUCUGCAAUUUCUGUUGAAACACUACUGCAACACUGAUACUGACAAAACGUUACAGCUGGCCGAUUGGCGAAUGCGGCCCCUCCCGGAGAGUUUCGUCGAGUACGCGCGAAAGGAUACGCACUAUCUGCUGUACAUUUACGAUCGCAUGAAGAACGAUCUUCUCGAGAAAGGAGGUGACAAUUUGUUGCAAACGGUGUACGAUAAAUCGACGUUCCUCUGCAAGCAACGUUAUCAAAAGCCGGUCAUCAACGAGGAAACGAUCAUGAACAUCUAUCGUCGGUCACGCUACGUCUUUGAUCAUCGACAGAAGUACGCGUUCCGAGAGAUUAUUUAUUGGCGCGAUAAGAUCGCCCGUGAAGAGGACGAAUCGCCAGGCUAUGUUUUACCACAGCACAUGGCGCUCGACAUUGCGUCCAAAUUGCCGCGCGAAAUGCAAGGAAUUAUUGCGUGCUGUACGCCUGUUCCUUCACUGGUCCGACAGAAUCUCCAUGCACUGCACCAGAUCAUGCAGCGGGCACGGGAGUUGCCGGCAGAGAGCCAGAAGCAAUCGGUGGCCGUCGAGCAACGUGCCGACGAUCGCCAUAGAAUACAGACGAUGUAUGACAUCAACAAUCCGCUCGUCUGUCCCCACGACGACGUGGGACGGCUGGCCUACGCUACGGAAGGAUCCAAUCUUCCUACGCUGCUGGGAGAUUUAUCGAGCGGCUUCAAUCGAAAUGCUUCCGUCGGGUCACCGGUGAAUGCGUGUUCGAUGAAGCAUACCCCUGACAUAGGGGUAUUUGGAAGUGUCAAGACUCGCCCACUCAAUGCGGUUGGGAAAACGGAACCACGGCCCCUAAAACAGGCAACAGAUCACGCAGGUUUGCGGGAAAAAGAAAACCUCAGCUAUGAGCAAAAGAAAUUCAAUACACCGUACGAACGGUAUCUGGAAACCUGCCGUCUGCGCGGCCUGAAGGAACGCAAAGAGGCGGAGGAAUACCGCAAACAGUUCCUACCUCCCAAGGUUGAACCUGACGUUGGUCCUAUUGCAGAAUCAACACUUAGUAAUCAGAUGACAAACAGCGAUAAGAAGAAUGGCAAGUGCAUGGAACUAUCAAACGAGGAGAAACAGCUAAAGGUUCCGCCGGUAGCCGGUCUAACGCUGAAACAACUGAAGCACCGCGAAGACGCAAAGGAACGGGCCACCGCCACUCUCACGACCAAACAAAUGAAACGUCAAGAAGAAGCAAAACUACGCAACGCGAUAGAAUCCGGCGAAAAGCUUUGCUUCAACGGUGCAACCGUGGUUUCCCCUGCGGGAAGCGGUAAAUCAGUCAGAAAGUCGUUCCCACUGGAAAUAGAUGUGUGCAGUACCUCCGGAAAGUUGAACGAAGACACAAUAGACGGUGGUAGCGAUGUGAAAGUACCGCACAUGGAACCGUACAGAGAUCCUUUCAAAACUCCCAAAGAGGACGACGAACGGAACAAAGGUUGGAAUUCGGAAAGGAAGCAAAACAGGAGAGUAAAACAACGAGAUUUGCGUACAUUAAAACGGGAGCAGCAGAGAGCUAGACGAGCAUUAAAAGCAGGAGCGGAACGCCAAACCUCCAACAAGCCUGUGCCGUUCGAUUACGACAACGUGGAUUUCAGCCGCUUCAAGGGAGGCUCCAGACCGUACGCUCCGGCAGGCAAGGGAAAACGUGGUUCUGGUAUGGGUUUUGGACUUGUAGAUCCAACUCCCGGUGGUACUAGCGAGGGGGGAUCUGCUCCACCGCGGCAACUGCAUCCCAACAGCAGAUUAGCGAAGGGAAUCAAGAAAACCCAAAAGCUGUUCAACCUGAGCAGCACCAAUAUGAAACGUAAAUAGUAAUCUUUCGUCCCCGAAGAAGAAACAUCGAGUAUAAAAUUUCAAAUAUAAACACUUUUGUAUUCAAAGCUCCUGCGCUGGGUUUGUGGCUGUGUACAAUAAAUAUAUUUUACG